AGGUGAUGAAGAACACGCCUCUGGUGCUUCCAAUGAGUCCGGGCCCUCCAUCACAGUUGAACCUGGUCGAGAGUCAACCUCACUACAGUUUUCAGGGAGUGAAAAAGAGAAAGCAUUGUAUUCCACAAGGGUUCAGAUGCGGGCAGCUGUCACCAGUGUUGGAGUCGGCCUUCUCCGACAACAGCGAGGCUGAUUACCUGCCGCCUGUAGCUGACCCUCUCAGCCCCUUCUCCACCUCGUCUGCCUGCUCGGGCCAAGGAAUAUUCCAACUGCACCCGAACCUCCAGCAGAGAGAGCAGACACAGGCACAGCCACCCCCUCAGUGCUCCCCAACACCCUGGGACAUCUCAGGACACGAGAAGGCAGAGUAACACAGAGACGAGGGAGCAUGCAGGACAUCAUGUCAUGUUCUCUCUCGACCCACCAGAGGACAAGGAGCCCGUGUUGGGCUUCAGUCUAAAUCAGUCAGAAACUGAGGAGCCGUUUGAGCGGGAAGUCUUCAGAGGCUUUGACGAUGAAGAAUAUAGAAGGGAAGAUUCACAUUUUUGGGAAGAAAAACCAAAGAUAUGUCUCACAGAGGAAACCCCAAUCAGGCCUUCAAGAGCACAACAGAAAGUCCUUGAUUCACAGUGCAGGGGUCCUGAGGCCAACUCCCUCUCUCAGCUCUGUGACCACUCUGACAUGGACUCCUCAUACUCCGGUGACAACAAUUGCAGCUUGCACAACUGUGGAUUCUUGUCAAGUUACUCUUGUAGAGGAAGCUCCUUAAGUUCAGACUCAGAUGAUGAUGAAGAUAGGUGCCAGCAAUGUCUCCAGGCCUGCACAUCAUACAUAGAGCGACCUUGUAGUGCAGAAAUCCCAAACCCAAUCCAGGUGGUUCCAGAGCAACAGCACCACAGGGGGCUGAAUGUUAAGGAGAACAUGGCCUGCACAGAUGAAGCCUGUGGAGGGAGUGAGAAACAGACAGCUCAGUUUGUGUCUGCUCACCCUCUGCAUGAAUCUAAGAGCUCUCAGAUGCACAAAUGCAAGACAGCAUCGCACGAAUCUCGAGAUGUGGGGACUCAGACAGCCGACAUCCCAGCACGCCAGACAUGUGAUGCCGAGACACAGUGCGUCUUCCACAAGGAGGCAGACUGGCUGCAGAGAUGCUGCCACAGAGCAGAGAGCUUCAUCGGAUGA